UGCCGUUACGGUGUGGGUUGUCUCGCGGGGGAGGUUGGGGCUUUUUUUAAAAAAAAAAAAAAAAAAAAAAAAAAAAAAAAAACUCCCAAACACACUGGUUCAAAACCAAAGCACAACGCUGAUGACCUUUCGAAACAUUUUUUUCGUCGUCUACAGGAUGAAGUAAUGUAUUUAGGGCUCAGUUAUAACGGAGGGCCUAGCUCUUUUUCAAUGUGAUCUAACUGAAGGUGGUUCGUGUCCCUCACGCCAAGCAGUUUGGCGUCUGGUCCCACCGCACCGGUGCUAUUCUGUACUGCAGCUGCUACCUUCUUUUUGGUUUUUUUUUUUUUUUUUUUUUUUAAAUUUAAACUUUUGUUGCGCAGUUCUCGUUUCGGAUUUGCAUUGCUGUUGUCCAUUAUUAUUCCAUUUGGGAUGUGGCUCUGUGAUCUGAAAGGCCAAAUUUUGAAUUGCACCUGUGCUGCAGUACUCUUGAGCAAGAAUAGACAAAGUGGAAAAUGGGAGCAUUUUUGGACAAGCCAAAGAUGGAGAAACACAAUGCACAUGGAGAGGGCAAUGGCCUGUGCUAUGGUUUGAGCAGCAUGCAGGGGUGGCGGGUGGAGAUGGAGGAUGCACAUACAGCAGUCAUCGGUCUUCCCCAUGGGCUUGAUGCCUGGUCUUUCUUCGCCGUCUAUGAUGGUCAUGCCGGCUCACAGGUUGCUAAGUACUGCUGCGAGCACCUGCUUGAGCACAUCACUAGUAACCCAGACUUCCGGGGAGGCAACCAAGAGCCCUCAGUUGAGAGUGUGAAGAGUGGCAUCCGUACAGGUUUCCUGCAGAUUGAUGAGCACAUGCGGGCCAUCUCAGAGAAGAAGCAUGGUGCAGACCGCAGUGGUUCCACUGCUGUCGGUGUCAUGGUCUCCCCAAGGCACAUCUACUUUAUUAAUUGUGGAGACUCCCGGGGCUUACUGAGUCGCGGUGGCAAAGUGCACUUUUUCACACAGGACCACAAGCCUAGCAACCCACUGGAGAAGGAGCGCAUCCAGAACGCAGGAGGUUCUGUUAUGAUCCAGCGUGUCAAUGGCUCCCUCGCAGUUUCCAGAGCUUUGGGUGACUUUGACUACAAAUGUGUGCAUGGGAAGGGCCCCACGGAGCAGCUGGUUUCACCUGAGCCUGAAGUGUAUGAGAUUGAGAGAUCGGAGCUAGAUGAUGAGUUCAUCGUCUUGGCCUGCGAUGGAAUCUGGGAUGUUAUGGCCAAUGAAGAACUCUGCGAUUUUGUCAGGUCCAGACUAGAAGUGACACAAGACCUGGAGAAAGUCUGCAAUGAGAUUGUUGACACCUGUUUGUAUAAGGGAAGCCGGGAUAACAUGAGUGUGGUGCUGAUCUGCUUCUCUGGUGCACCCAAGAUCUCUCCAGAAGCUGUGAAGAAGGAGGCGGAGCUGGAUAAGUAUUUGGAAAGCAAAGUAGAAGAAAUUAUUCAGAAGCAAAGGGAGGAGGGCGUGCCAGAUUUGGUCCACGUGAUGCGCACUUUAGCCACAGAGAGCAUCCCCAACCUUCCGCCAGGAGGAGAGCUGGCUAGCAAACGGAGUAUCGUUGAGGCAGUAUACAACAGGCUGAACCCAUACCGGAGUGAAGAUCCUGAUUCCACUUCAGCCGACGACAUGUGGUUUCAGAUCUUUCCAUUUAAAAAGGGAAUCAAGAAUGGUUGGAGAAGAAACCACACAGACCCGCAGUACAGUCAUUGUAUACCUGUGUGGCCUGGAUUCACCUGGGCCGUGUUUUUUCUUUAUGUUCCUUUCUUAAACCCUUACACACUGGUAUGCUGUACCACCAAGUCAAAGCAGUGAUAGGUCUUUUUAAACUAAGACAAUUUUUUUUAACAAUAUUUGCAUAUUUUCAUUUUUGUGAAGUGCAGUUGUCUGUACUGAAUGCUCUUGUGUUUAACAUGGCUUGAGUUUGAGUAAAAAGCAAAGGAAGACUGAAAACUUGUUCAUAUUAGCUGACACCCUCUCUCUGGGUUAUAAAGCGUCUUUUGGGUGAUGUUUCGCUACCAUCAGUUCUGUAAGGCACUCUUCGGUUCCUUUAUUUCUUUAGUUCAUGAUCCUUAAAGAAACGGGUAAAUUUUAAGUUUGCAGCACAGUAAGCUUUGUAAAUCAUCAAAAUCAUGGUUUGUGACUGUGUUUUUUUGUUCUGUUUUGUGGGUGUUAAUGCACCUGUGCGUGUGUGUGUGUGUA